AUGACGAAAAGUCAAUUUUUAUUCUUUUAUUUAAUUUUGUUUUCCAAUAUUACCCAUCCUCUGCUUCCCACUACACCAGCUUCAUUCUGUGGGCUUCAAAUUCUCGAUUCCUUGUACAGAAAAAUGGCAACCAGUAUAGCUUCGGGAAGUGCCAAUCUACAAUUCCGGGAGACACGCUGCUGGCGACAGACUUCUUUCUCUCCAGUGGUGUCGCAGAGAUGCUCUAACAAGUUUCCAUGGUCAGAUGGGGUGUCUAACAACUUAAAAAUCAAGAAAUAUCAUCAUCAUCAUCCAAUUCCUGAAACCCAAAGACCCUUUCAAACAGUUGUAACAUCAUGCAUGAAGAACGAAUCCACAACGUAUUUUGAUUUUGCUGUUAUUGGUAGUGGGGUAGCUGGUCUUCGAUAUGCUCUUGAAGUUGCAAAACAUGGAAGUGUUGCUGUAAUAACAAAAGCAGAACCUCAUGAAAGCAAUACAAAUUAUGCACAAGGUGGUGUUAGUGCUGUGUUAUGUCCUUCAGACUCUGUAGAAAGUCACAUGCAAGAUACAAUUGUAGCAGGAGCUUAUUUAUGCGAUGAAGAAACUGUCAGAGUGGUGUGUACAGAAGGACCUGAGAGAAUUAGGGAGUUGAUAGCAAUGGGGGCAUCUUUUGAUCAUGGAGAAGAUGGAAAUUUGCAUUUAGCAAGAGAAGGUGGUCAUUCACAUCAUAGAAUAGUUCAUGCAGCUGAUAUGACAGGAAGAGAAAUCGAAAGGGCACUUCUAAAAGCAAUUGAAAAGGAUCCAAAUAUUUCGGUUUUCAAACAUCAUUUUGCAAUUGACUUAUUGACUUCUCAGGAUGGAUUAGACAUGAUUUGCCAUGGUGUUGAUACUAUAAAUACAGAAACACAAAAAGUGGUUCGGUUUAUUUCAAAGGUGACUUUGCUUGCUUCUGGAGGUGCAGGGCAUAUUUAUCCAUCUACUACAAAUCCACCCGUAGCUACUGGUGAUGGAAUAGCAAUGGCGCAUCGAGCUCAAGCUGUUAUUUCAAACAUGGAAUUUGUGCAGUUUCAUCCAACUGCACUAGCAGAUGAAGGCCUCCCGAUCCCAUCAACCAAAUCACGGGACAACUCUUUCUUGAUCACGGAAGCCGUGAGGGGCGAUGGGGGAAUUUUAUAUAAUCUUGACAUGGAAAGAUUCAUGCCAAUGUACGAUGAAAGAGCCGAGCUUGCACCAAGAGAUGUUGUAGCUAGAAGCAUAGACGAUCAGCUUAAAAAGCGUAAUGACAAAUAUGUCCUUCUAGACAUCAGUCAUAGAUCUAGAGACCAAAUUCUUUCCCAUUUUCCUAACAUAGCUGCUGAGUGCCUCAAAUAUGGGCUUGAUAUAACUCGCCACCCUAUUCCAGUUGUUCCUGCUGCUCAUUACAUGUGUGGUGGGGUUAAAGCUGGUCUUCAAGGAGAAACCAAUGUUCUUGGCCUUUAUGUGGCAGGUGAGGUUGCAUGCACAGGAUUACAUGGAGCAAAUCGUCUUGCUAGCAACUCAUUACUAGAAGCACUCGUAUUUGCACAAAGAGCCGUGAACCCAUCAAUACAACACAUGAAAGAAUCAUACAUAGAUCAUCAAACCGUUUCACAAUGGUGGGACCCACCCGUUGUUCCCAUGCAACUAGGGUCCAUCAUUCUCAGCAAGAUCCUCAAAAGAACAAAACAAGUAAGAAACGAAUUACAAUCCAUCAUGUGGGCGUACGUUGGGAUCGUGAGGUCCACCACAUGGCUAAAGACUGCGGAGCGGAGGAUUGGGGAACUUGAACUUGAAUGGGAAGCUUACUUGUUUCAACAAGGGUGGGAGCCAACCAUGGUUGGGUUAGAGGCUUGUGAAAUGAGGAACUUGUUUUGUUGUGCUAAACUUGUGGUGAGUAGUGCGUUGACUAGACAUGAAAGCCGUGGGCUCCACUACACCAUUGAUUUCCCACAUGUUGAUGAAGAAUCAAGGUUGCCUACCAUAAUAUUUCCUUGUUCAAUGAAUACAACUUGGAGUUCAAGGCAACUUCAUAAGCAACAGAUUUGUUAGCACACAAGUAGCUGAGAACCAUUUAUUAUGUAAUAAACCACAGGAAAUUCAAAAUAAAGAGAGAU